AAGCAAGUAGCCGUCAGGUCACCGUCAACAUUUAUUUUACUUUCACACUACUGCUGAUGUUCAUCAACGCGCAUAGGUAGCCAAACCAAGGGAAGUUCGCAUGUGCACUCUUCUUGCCCUCUGUUAUUUGAAAUUGCUGUCGCGCUCUCUCUUUCUUUUCUCCCACAUAAGAACAAGCAUUUCAUCAAAAUAUUUCGAUGGUGUUCGUUCCUGACAUUGCCCACUUUCCCUCGGUGCCAAGGCCUUUUUAAAUCGAUCUUCACCCUCUCUCUCUCUACUUCACUUGAGCGCAAUCCUAGCUGCUCAAAUAUAACCUCCGCUCUUCGUCCAUCAGACAAAUCAAUAUGAGCGCGCCGCCACCUCCCAAUGCUCCGAACGGGCAGCCUGGCCAGGCGCCCAAACGCCCGUACCGCAAACCACGCGCGGUAAAUCCACUGGUGGCGCGAGGCCGAAACGACCCAUCCAAGCAGAUGAACCGGCCCGCUUCUACCGUGAAGCCGUCCGCGACUGUCAUUGCAAAAGCCGGCCCGUCAAAGGAUCCGGUUGAGGCCCUCCGCGAGCAGGACUUUCAGAAGCUUAAGGACUUUGAGGCCCGGCGCAAGCUCAACGGUGGCUGGACCGAUCCUGCGCCGCCCAAUGUUGUCGAGUAUCCGCUCAUGGUUUCGAAGCGCGCCCUGAUGGAGGCACGUUUCCAUGUCAUGCGAUUGUCCCGGGCCAAGGCAGUCCAGGGCGAUCCGGUAAACGGCAUCGAUCCCACCGACCCUGAACAGUUCUCGCGUCCAGUUACCCUCCAUCGCCGCGACCCCCGACAGCCAGCGGCGGCCAGAGUCGUACCAGAGGAGGAGGAAGUCAAACCGAGCCCACCUCCACCCGAGCCUACAACAGACGACAAAGAGGCUGAGAGAUUGGCACAGAUCAAAGCGGAUAAGGAAGCCCAACGUGCCGCGGACCUUGCCCAGAUCGCGCCGACAAUCAAGCCUAAUGAGCCACCUGCGCAGAAGAAGCCGCAACCGCAAAAGAAAGAGAAAGCAUUCACGUCGCAUAGACAGACGAAGAAGGACUACGAUCCUAAGACAUCCGAGUUGCGUUAUGAAGAAGCUCUGCCAUGGCAUUUGGAAGAUGCGGAUGGCAAGAACGUGUGGGUUGGCCAAUAUGUUGCCGCUCUGUCCCAGGCAAACGUUGGUCUUGUUAUUAGUGGUGAGGGCUUUAAGAUGGUUCCGUUGGAGAAGUACUACAAGUUCACGUCAAAGCCUCACUUCAAGGCAUUCAGCAUCGAACAGGCUGAGAGUAUCAUGAAGCAGAACAUUGCCAUCGGCCCUCACAAGAUGACUGAGGAGAAGAAGGAGCAAAUGAAGCUCGAGCAAGAAAUUGCGGCUACGCGGGAUUUCCUUCGAGGUGGCAGGGCAACCAAGGUCAAGAAGGAAAGCAACACCUACAGGUCUGCUCCCAGGUCCGAGAAGCUUGAUCAGGAUGACAUUGAUAUGUCUGGCGAUGAGUUCCAGGAUGAUGACGAAAACCACACGUUUGAGAAGGAGAGGGAUGAGGAGACCAAGGAGGCAAAAGAGCGACAGCGGCGGAACCACCUCGGUGCAAACCUGUUUGGUGAUGCGAACGAGAAGCAAGUAGAGAAAGAGGAGGCCGAGGAGGAGCUCAUGGAGCAGCUGCGAAAGGAAGAGGGCAAGCGUGUCCGCAAGGCUCUGGCCCGUCGCGAGAAGCACUUGAUGUACCAGAGUGAUUCUGACGACAAGGACAACCCAUACGACUCGUCGAGUAGCUCGGAAUCGGAGCCUGACGAGGAAAAGGAAGCCAAGGAGAAAGAGGCCAAAGAGAAGGAGGCGAAGGAGAAAGAAGCGAAGGAAGCCAAGGAGAAGGAAAAGCUUGCCGUAGGAGCCUCAGCUAAAGGCAGUGGAACUUCCCCUAGUAAGAACAAGCAAGGGAAGUCUCUCAAGCGCCCGGGUUCUCCAAAUCUGUCCGAAUCGAGCGAGAACGAAGCAUCCCGCAAGAAGGCGAAGAAGCUGGCCACCGGCUCAGUACAACCCAGCCGAUCCGGCACUCCUGUACCCGGGCAGCGUGCCAAGGGCCCCGGUGGAGCUACCAGCGAUGGUGAGGCUACCGGUGGAGAGAUGUCGGAUGGCGGCAUUAAGAAGAACCGACUUAAGUUGGGAGCCACCGGCAGCAGUUCUCGUGGCACGCCUGUUGGCUCCAGGGCCGGAAGCCCUAUUCCAGGAUCUGGCUCAAAACCCGGAUCGCCCAUUAAGGCUGACAGCCCCAAGCCGGGCGUUGUCACUCCUGACGAGAUCGUGGCCGCUCUUGCAGCAAAUCCCCAGGGUAUAGCCAUAGGAGAUCUGCUUAAGCGCUACUUCAGUGACCGAGUUGGAACGGGCGAAAACCAGAUUCACAGGAAGGAGUUUAUCAGUCUGGUCGUCCGCCACUCACAACUCGAUAAGGUUGACAAGCUGCUGCGGAUGAAGCCAAGCAAAUAGUGUAAUUGCUUGCAUUGCACUGUCAGGCCUCCAGUAUUUCAUCCAUAUCAAGAGGGAUAAUAACAUCAAACAGCUCCUUCACACAAUAAACAUCGUUUCAACCAGGGACAAUACCAGGCAUGGUCUAAUCCUAAAGCCAAGGAAAUAGUGUCCUUGCUUGUCUUGCACUGUCAGGUCCCCAGCGAUUGUGGCCGCUCUUAAAGCAAACCCGCGGGGUAUUAGCUGUCGGAAUUUUUUUAUGCGAUAUUUCAGCCAUAUCGAUGGGGACAAUCACAUCAAACGGCUCGCCCAUACAAUAUACCUUCAUUCAACCAGGGACUGGAGAACGGGUCGUUUGAUCCUAGGACGAAGAGGACGACCAGCGAGGUUUUUGCCUCGGCUACAGUAUUCCAAGGGUCGCAGAACUAGAAAAUAAUAUGGGCAAUACCCAUUGAAUCCGGGAACAGUGGUCAGUUUCUGGAUUCUUGUGAUUGAUUAUCAUAGCGCAAUUGUGUACAAAAGCGGAAACCAUCCCGAAGGCGAUCCUUCUUUGAACCAAGUGAUAUUUAGAGGCAGCGAGCAGUUUAGUCGUUUAUCAGCAAACAAAGGUAUAUAUAUAUAUUACUCAUUCAUCCAUUUGCCAAUUGUAUUCGAG